GAUAAGCAAAGAGAACUAAAGAAAAAGAGGGAAGGAAAAACAAAUACAUAACCGAACAGAUGAUUAUCGCAUUAAGUAGGUGUGAAACAAGUGGUUGAAAUUAAUUGUCACGUGGAUAAAUUGGAGUGUGAGCGGAAGUGGAAAGGCGAAAGUAUAACAAACACCCCGAAAUAAAGCACGCACACACACACACACAACAUAAACACGCACGUCGAACACGUAGUAAGGUCGUGGAAAAAAAACAGGAAAACGGCGGAAAAGAAUGGAAUUUUUCCACUAGUGAGAUAGAAACGGUGCGGGCUCGCGUGUGUGUGUGUGCCGUUCAAGAGCGUUGUAUGUUGUUUGUGUGUUUAGUGUUACGUGCUACGGAAACGUUCCGAAUUAUUCCCACCCCAUCCGCGCUUCGAUUCCAAAAACCUUCGUGAAUCAAAUCGAAAGAAAGCGGCUAUUAAAAGCAAGGACACCUGAUUAAAGCCGUUUUACCCGAAAAAUUCAAAUCGAACGAAUGGAUGCAACGGGAACUGGCAUGGUAAUUAGCAGCAUCCUCGGUAUUUUUUUCCUGGAACCGGACGGAAUAGGAGGCAGACAGCAAACAGUUUUCUGAAUGGACAGAUCAUCAUGAUAAUGAUGCACCGGAUGAAGCUCAAAGGGACGAGCCAGUAAGCGAGACAGGAGCGUCCGAGUGAUCAACCGUGACCGUGCAGCUCGUUUGCUCGCCUUCCAUUUCCUCAUCCUUCCAUUUCGCCUGCUCGUUUCCGUUCCUUGUUAUUGCGUGGAUUGUUGUUAAGUUUUCGGUCUCGUUUUUUUCCUUCUUUUAUUCCUUCUGUUAAAGAUGCAAUUGCAAUAAAGGAUUUUUCUUGAGCUCGAUUUAUUGUACGUCCUCACCCCGUGUUUUUAUUUUUUCAUUCACCCAAUCUUCCCUCCGUGUGUGUUACGUGCGACCGGGUCGGUUUUUGGUCAAAAAGGAUGCGAGAAUGAUGUUGGAUUAAAUUAUAAAUGAAAGUGGUGAAGAAAAUGUGGGGCAAAACGACUCGAUGGAAAGUACAACGCUAAAGAGUAAACUAUUCAUCAAGAAUGAAAAAUCGGCUGCUCGGCGUACGUCGACCCCGGAAUCCAUGACCCAGCGGGCAGCGACCCAACGGGGCAGCGGAGCCGGCGAUGGCGAUUCGACCGCGGACCUGACGGUGGGCACGACGGGUGGGGGCCCGAGCGGGGGCGCCGGUACAACGACGGCAACAACGAUGGCGACCAACGAUCGGAGGGACACGAAGGUAGACAUACCGCUACCACAGUACAUGACGCCCUCGGCAGAGAAAUUUGCAGAUAAACGAGUUAAGAGACACAGCAUACACGGCAUGAUGGAGGAGGAAAAUGUGGUCCGACCGCAUCAGGAAAUCGCCGCCCUAUCGCUGGAGGAGAAAAAGUACUUGCUGGCAGUCGAACGGGGCGAUGUGGCUACUACGAGACGGAUAUUGGAAAAAGCGGAAGCGGAAUCGCACAUCAACAUCAACUGUGUCGAUCCGUUGGGCCGGUCCGCCCUGCUGAUGGCCAUCGAUAACGAGAACCUGGAGAUGGUGGAGCUGCUCAUCAAUCAUCGGGUGGACACGAAAGACGCUCUGCUGCACGCCAUUUCGGAGGAGUUUGUCGAGGCGGUGGAGGUUCUGCUCGAUCACGAGGACAGCUGUCACAAGAACGGUGAUCCUCAUAGUUGGGAAGCGCUGCCACCGGAUACGGCCACCUUUACGCCGGACAUAACGCCCCUCAUACUGGCUGCCCAUCGUGAUAAUUAUGAAAUAAUAAAAAUUCUGCUUGACCGCGGUGCCACACUGCCUAUGCCGCAUGACGUACGAUGUGGUUGUGAUGACUGUGUUACUUCCCGUCAGGAGGACUCGCUCCGCCACUCGCGAUCACGCAUCAAUGCGUACCGAGCGCUGGCCAGUCCGUCCCUUGUAGCGUUGUCGUCCAAGGAUCCCAUACUGACCGCAUUCGAGCUGAGCUGGGAGUUACGGAGGUUAAGCUUUCUGGAGCACGAGUUCAAGAACGAGUACCAGGAACUUCGCCGCCAGUGUCAGGACUUUGCAACGGCCCUGCUCGAUCACACGAGAUCUUCGCACGAGCUGGAGGUACUGCUCAACCAUGACCCCACCGGACCGGCCUUCGAACAUGGCGAUCGGAUGCAUCUCAACCGGUUGAAGCUUGCCGUAAAGUUACGCCAAAAGAAGUUCGUUUCACAUCCAAACGUGCAGCAGCUGCUGGCCAGCAUCUGGUACGAAGGGCUGCCGGGCUUCCGGCGGAAAAACAUGGCCCUGCAAGCAUUGGAAAUCGUGCGAAUAGGCAUCAUGUUUCCGCUGUUUUCCUUCUCGUACAUCAUCGCACCCCAUUCGUCGCUCGGCCAAACGAUGCGUAAACCGUUCAUCAAGUUCAUCUGCCACAGUGCGUCGUAUUUCACGUUUUUAUUUCUUCUUAUGCUGGCGUCGCAGCGCAUCGAGACGGUGAUGGGUGGCGUGUGGGGAGCGGACGUGAGCCAGCAGCAUGACGAAGUGCCUACCAAGCGCGGUGCUAGCCCAACCCUGAUCGAGUGGCUCAUAUUGGCCUGGGUCAGCGGACUUAUCUGGAGCGAGGUGAAGCAGCUGUGGGACGUGGGCCUGCAGGAGUACGUGAACGAUAUGUGGAAUGUGAUAGACUUUGUGACCAAUUCGCUGUACGUGGCAACGGUAGCGCUGCGAGUCGUUUCCUACUUUGAGGUCCAGAAGGAGAUGACGUACAAUAAGUUUGCGGCGGACUUGCCGCGCGAAAAAUGGGACACCUGGGACCCGAUGCUAAUAUCGGAAGGACUCUUCUCGGCCGCCAACAUCUUCAGUUCGCUCAAGCUGGUGUACAUCUUUUCGGUCAAUCCACAUCUGGGGCCGUUGCAGGUAUCGCUGUCGCGCAUGGUGAUGGACAUCAUGAAGUUCUUCUUCCUGUACGUGCUGGUGCUUUUCGCGUUUAGCAGUGGUCUCAAUCAGCUUCUUUGGUAUUAUGCGGAUUUGGAGAAGAAACGAUGCCCGGAUGUGUCAAAUUUUUCUGGACCCAAUAUCACCUCCACGGACCCAAACGCCUGUAUCGUGUGGCGUCGGUUUGCUAAUCUUUUUGAAACGAUACAGACCCUGUUCUGGGCCGUCUUUGGGUUGGUCGAUCUGGAGAACUUUGAGCUGGAUGGGAUCAAAAUCUUUACUCGUUUCUGGGGUAUGCUUAUGUUUGGAACGUACUCGGUGAUCAAUAUCGUUGUGCUGCUGAACCUGCUGAUCGCCAUGAUGAAUCACUCAUAUCAAUUAAUAUCGGAACGUGCCGAUGUCGAGUGGAAGUUUGCCCGUUCGAAGCUGUGGAUCAGCUACUUCGAGGAGGGCGGCACGUGUCCACCGCCGUUCAACAUCAUCCCGACGCCAAAGUCCCUGUUCUACAUCUUCCAGUGGGUGAAGCGAAAGUUCUGCGGCCAUUCGAAGGCCGUCAAGAAGGAGCACAUGAAAACGAUUCGACGGAAGGUAAAGCAGGCGAGCGAGCGUGACUUCCGCUAUCAGAGCAUCAUGCGCAAUCUGGUCCGCCGGUACGUGACGGUCGAGCAGCGGAAGGCCGAAUCGCAGGGCGUCACCGAGGAUGACGUGAACGAGAUCAAGCAGGACAUAUCGGCGUUCCGGUGCGAGCUGGUCGAGAUCCUGAAGAACAGUGGCAUGAACACGGCCAUUGCGACCGGGCAGGGUAGCGGGGUGGGCGGUAAGAAGAACCGGCAGAAGGAGCGUCGGCUGAUGAAGGGCUUCAACAUAGCGCCACCACCGGCACCGGACGCGGGGCAGCAUUUAACGCCCGUUUCGGAGUUUAUCUCACAACUGCCGGACCAUUCGCCGCAUGAACUGUUUGCAGGUGUGUUUGGGCCGGGGCUAACGCCGAAGAAGGCCCUCCAUCAGGUGAAUCCGAUGCAUCAGUAUUCGUCCCAGUCGCAGAGUUCCUUCGGGGAGAACAAUAAUCCCAUCCACAAGCUGGCCAAGUUGGCGCCGAAGUUCAACUCCAAGGGUCGUCCAGGAUCACACAAGAAGCGUUGGGGCACUCUGAUCGAAGCCGCCAAACACGGCAGUGUGUCCAAGUUUAUUGGACGCUCACGGUCCGAAGAUUCGGUCUGCAAUCAUGGCCCCGGGCGAGGUGAAUCGGCCAGCCAUAGUAACAGUCCCGCAUCGGACGAAGCCAUCACGGAAUCGCCGUCCGAUUCGAACCCAAGUCUCGAUCGGCCGGACGUAGAGCAGUGUCCCGAUCCGCACAAAAACAAUCACCGAAACCGGCAUCAAGAUCGUCGGCAGCACGGUGGUAGUGAUCGGACCCAGCAGCACAGUGGCAGCGUUACGGCGGCAAACGGGAAGAAUGGGCGCGAAGCGAAGGAGCACGCGCAUCACUAUCAUCUGCACUUUGGGGCGCUGGCAGCACUGAAGCGCAAGCGGAAAAAGUUCUCCAACAGCCGUAACUCCAGCCCGGUGCUGGAGCCACCGUGUGAGCUGCCGUCGGUGACGAAUGCCGUCAAUCUGACGGGUAACUCAAGCAGUAAGGUACUGAAACGUGCUUCCAGUGUGCCGACGCGCGGUGUGAGUGAUGAACCGGAAGCACCCGCCACCGUACGACCGGCCCGUCACGAAGCGACGCAAAGCCAACAGCACUCGAUCGAGCAGCAGCUCGAAGGUGCGGCACCAUUAACGCCCUCCACCACGGAGGAAAGCGUUGACCAGCAACCGUCGGCAGCCGUGCCACAGUCCACCCUGGCAGUGCACAAGCACCAGAAGAUCAUACGCGGCAGGAACAGCUCUAACGAACCAUUGCUACGCCUGCAGGAGCAUCGUGAUAGUACCGAUGGCGGUGCGGCUGGAGGUGCCUGUGAGUCAUCCAUCGUUGGUGGUGGUGGUGGUGGUGGACCAUCGUCUGCAACGUCCACGUUACGGUCGGUGCCGAAGAUACCGGGGGUAACGCCGUUAAGGGGCCAUUUACACUCCCAGGGAUGGUUAUAGGAGAUGGCGAUGCACACCCAGGCGAUGCAGCGAGCCGCUGGCUACACUAUUUGUAUGUAAAUAUAGUCGGACAUCAAGUUGCAUUCAAUCGGCGUACGGGUUGAGGUUGAGCGCAUCUUAACGGCGAGUGUGUGAGUGUGUAAACUAGUCAAAAGCAUCAAUUCUAAACCAGGCGUGUGUGAGAGCUGAGGGCUAAAGUCUCUGAAUGACUCUGAUGAGCAGCAGUCAACGAGGGCUGUCACUUUAUUGGAAUUGGUUUGAUGGUCGGAAAAAUUCCUUCUGUUCAUGUUAAUCCUUCACCAAGGAUGUAUCGAUACUUUGUAUGGGCCUAAAAACGGGAAGCGAGAAUGGAUGAUUUGGCUUGUGAUCCUGUCAAGUUCACAGCAUCGGAAGGAACUUAUGUUCGGCACACUGCCGAACCAACCGAAAUCCUUUGGGCGACGGUGCUGAGAACCUAGACACGAUCGAAAGGGACAGGUUCAACCCGGUACGGGUUCUGUGGUAGCUUUAAGGAACAUAGGUGUAUAACGAUAACAUACAAUAAGGGACCAGGUCUCUUGAGUGAAGUGCUCGCACGUGCAACGCGGCGACCAGCGCAGCUGUUAAACUAUCAUUUGUUAAUGCUAUUGGAAAUCGUACAGGAACUCGUACUCCCCAAGGACGUGCUACUACUACAACACUAGGACUCAUAUGCACCUUUAGGCAUUUCUCUUUUAACCGGUAGUCGUCUAGAUAUGGUGUGGCGCGGAGUACGCGGGUACGCAAAUCAAACAAGUACGAAGCUCCCCGGGACACCUUAAACAUUUAUCGAUACAUUUUAGCACGGUAAGCAAAACCACCCAACCACAAACGCGAAUAUCCGUAAUGGUGAAGUUAAACGCAUAGAGUAUUAACGUAACACGCAAAACGAAUAAUCAACCAUUUUGGUUUUGAGGGUGGCGAGUUAGAUGUGAACGCACGAAUCCAAGCGAGUAGUAAUCGUUCGUCGAAAAGGGGGAGAGAGGGAGAGAAAAAAAAUAACAAAACAGUAAUUAAAACAGAAAACUUAACACAAGAAGUAAAAAGGAGGCCUUAUACAUAACAUGUAACACGAUAUGUUAUAUAAAUAUUGUAUGUAUCACAUAACAACAAGAAAACAAACCAACAACUGGAAAAGAAAUGGAACAAACUAAUGAUUAACGUAACGUCAACUCGCUUUCAAAGACGACUAGACAUAACGAGUAACCAAAAAAAAAAGAGAAACAAAUUGAAUUGAAAUAAAAAAAGCAAAAACGAAAUUAGAAAUGAAAUGUCGAUCAAAAAAACACGAACUAAAAUAGUAAUAAACUGAACAAAAAAAAGGAAGAAAAAAAGAAGUAAACAAUUUACUAGCUAUAAUCGAAAGGUAACAAGUUCGGUAGGUAUAACGUUUAAGGGAAAAGUGCAUAAACUAUAUGUGAGAGAGAGAUGGGAAAAAAGAGGAAACAAAACGUAAAGAGGAAACAACAGUAAACCCGUCGUCGUUUAAGUGUAGCAGAGUACUAGAGAAAUAUAAGCACGAAAGUAAAUAUAGUAGAGAAAGAAAGAAACUAUAAAUUAUUAGAAGGAAAAGAGAAGGAAACAAACAGAACAACAACAAAAACAAGAUGGUAACAGCUGGUGAAUGGAAACGUUAAUUCAAACAAGAUAAACUUUAGCAGGAUUAGGGAAGGGAUGGAUUCAAGUCGAACGAAUUGUAGAUACGAGUGAAAGGGAAGGUUAGAAGAGUUAACUAGACAGAAGAAAGACAGGAAGGAAAGGUUUGUUAACAGUGGGUUUUGUUUUGAAACAAGGGUUGGAAAGAUGUUGAAUUUUAGAGGAAAAACAAGAGCGGGAAUUGAGGUUAAAACGUUGCAACAGAGAUAUGAAUAGAUAGGAACACACAGCGGGCCGGCUGUCCAGCCGUCAAACUCCAGGCCGGUGAGCGGGACAGGCGCAAGUCGGAAUUGUAAUAAAUAUCUAAUUUAUUUGAA